AUGCGCGAUCGUGAUCGCAUCUAUCGCGGGCGUGACCGGUACGGUGAUCGUGACCGGUACUUCGACCCGUACGAAUCCGACCGAGGUUACGAACCGUACGAUCGUUAUGACCGCUACGGCGGUGGCCGCGAUAGAACCUAUUAUGACCCGUACGAACGUAACAACGAUCGCGGCAUAGGCUACGAUAACCGUGGGUAUGAUUACAGAGGUUACGAUAACAGAUACGACACGUAUCCGUAUCGGUCGAACGAAGAUACCUACAGAGGAUAUUCUCCCGGAGGAAGGGAUUAUGGUACUUCAGGGUACGCUAGUAGAUGGAAUUAUGGAAAUAGCGGUAGUGGCCGAGAUGAUUAUUACAAUAGGGAUAGGUGA